UUUUAGUUGACUAUUUCUCUUAUUUGUAUAAAUUUUCAAUUUAAGUUUCAUCUCUAACUUGUUGGUCGCUUCGUUUCUUUUGUUUCCGUUUUCUUUUGAUUUGUCGGUCAGCCAGUCUUCUUUGUUCUCUUCUUCGCCAAAAAAUUCAUUCCAAUUGAGAUGGGAGUAAAUUCGAAAUCAAUUUUUUGAAAUUGAUGAGAAUUUUAAAAAGGAGAAAGCACAAUCAAAACCAAUCUACGAUGGCAAACCUAAAAUUUAAUGUAGAGAGCACCAAAAUUUCUACCUUAAGAAGAUUUCAUGCGACAACAAUUACCGAAGGACUUUCACAGUUCCAGGACUACUGCGAUUCGUUUAAAGAUAAGGCCCAGCAAAGAAUUCUUGGGAACUUGAAUUCCCUGGAAGACUUUGCAAACCUGCAUUUCUUCGUAAGCAUCGAAGAACUGUUUUUUCCCCCAAUGAGUCGAAUAAAUUCCGGAAAGGAUACCGAGCGCUUGCUCGGCACCUCAAAAAAAAUAGCAAGGACCGGGGAUAUUGUCAAAAUGCUAACCAUAAUGGCUGUGGCGCUCGAUAGCUCCAAGAGGAUCAAUUUAUACUCCAACCUCCUAUCAACGAAGGACGAGUUCAAUAAUACAAGUAAAAAGUAAAUUACUUAAAUUUGUUUCCAAUACACACAUAUCCACUAA